AUGCGAGACAAAGUCUACAAUUGCAUGUACUGGAAAGAGAGUUGUUUUGGACUGACAGCCGAAUCCAUUAUAGACAAGGCGAUAGAGCUCCAGUAUGUCGGUGGAACGUUCGGUGGAAACAGACAGCCAUCUCCCUUCAUAUGUUUGGUCCUCAAGCUUUUGCAAAUACAGCCUGAGCUUGAUAUCAUUGAAGAGUACAUAAAGAACACGGAAUUCAAGUAUCUCCGCGCCCUAGGCAUUUAUUACAUGCGCCUGGUGGGCAGCUCGGCAAAGGUGUACGAGACUCUCGAGCCCAUAUAUAGCGACUACCGUAAAUUACGUUUUAGAUUGAACGACGGAAGUUAUGAGCUGAAGCACAUGGACGAGUUCGUGGACGACUGCCUCAGGCUUUCGUCCUAUCUGGACGUUGAUUUACCACCCCUACCUAAGCGAAUGGUGCUCGAAGAUGCGAAGUUGCUAGGUCCGAAGGUGUCGUUGAUAGAUGACGACGAGGAGGAAGACUUCGUUCCAGAGCUACCAGUCACAGGCGAAACCACGUAG